GUUCUGAGGCCUUGUCUAAAGUGAAGGGAUGUGCAUCAGGAUGGGUUGAAUUCACCUGCAAAUAUCCAAAACCAAAUGUAAAAUAUCAAAGUAUUGAUGUAGUUACUCCCAAAAAAACCAUACGAAGCUUUGGGAAGAAUGUGUGGGAAAACAAAGGCAGAGUUUCCCUGUACCAUGAUACAAGAAACAAAAAGCUCAGAGUGGCCAUCAAACAACUUCAACAUGAGGACUUUGGGGACUAUCAGUGUAAAUUUCACCAACGAUCGUACUCAUCCCAGGACACAGAGGAAAUGAAAUUGGGCGUUGAGACAGACGGCUGCCAGAAACAAUUUAUUCAAACUGCGUACAGAACAGCUAAAACCACCAUCACAUGUGAUUACACAGGAAACAAAUACAAGUUCUUCUGCAAAGACAACGGUUUCAUCUGUGAGGAUAUUUUAUCAACAAAAUCCUGUCUGAAGUCAAAGGGGACAUUCACUCUCACAGAAACCAACAGUAGCUUCAGCGUGUCCAUCAGUAACGUGUCCUCACAUGAUGCUGGUGUCUACCGGUGUGGAGUGGAAACACAUGAAGGAAGUUACAGAGCUGCUCUCACAAAGAUACAGCUGGAGGUUGAAGCUACUAUUACUAAAGUCACAAAGUUUCUAACUGUUGGCCAGAAUCUGACAUACUGGUGUCGAUACCCAAAUGGUGCUCCAAUAAACAAAAUCAUCUGUAAGGGAGAAGAUCCAUCUAUAUGUGAAACUCUAGUAAGCACCGCACAGCGCAACAAGAACACUGGGAAGUUUUCCAUGAAGGAGGACAAAAACAAGAGAAAUGUCACCAUAACAGUGAGAGAAGUAACAACAGACGACACUGGGACGUACUGGUGUGGAGUAAAAAGCACUGACAAAACAGGCAGCAACAAAUUCUUCCACAAACUGGUGAUGACUGUAGCAUCACUAACAUCAACCACAACUCCUGCUUCUUCAUCCCAGUCAACUACUGUGUCUGCAGAGAGACCAGGUGACUCUCAGUUCAUCAUUACCGUGCUGGUCAUUGUAGGUGUGGUGCUGCUGCUGCUUGUGCUAAUUUUGAUCCUCAUCUACAAAU